CGCCAGCUUAAAAUGAGUAAACAUAAAGAUCCCUGACACAAAUAUACUCAGUUUUUCCUCUUUACGUUUAAUGCAGUUGAUCAAUUUGUUCAUCGUUUGAGGGUGAGGAAGCUGUAGCUUCCUGCUACUCUUCCCUGCCAGAGAGGAAUAGAAACGGGCUGUACGGAUCCCUCAUCAGCAGCAGACCCGUUCAACACGCGAGGAGAAAUGUCUGACGAAGAAACAGCCCGGUCGACCUGGAAAAAGACGGCGUUAAGUGCCACCUAGUGGCGACGCGUUGAAGUGAAGCGGUGUCAUCGUCAGUGGCGUGUAGGAGGCAAUGCCAUGCUCCCGCGGCCGCUGCACAGGCCGAGUUAUGCUGAGUGAAAACCUGCUUUUUGGGAUGGGAAAUCCCUUGUUGGACAUCUCAGCUGUUGUGGACAAAGAUUUCCUUGACAAAUUUGGACUGAAGCCGAAUGACCAGAUCCUGGCCGAAGACAAACACAGAGCCUUGUUUGAAGAAAUUGUCAAGAGAAGCAAAGUUGAGUACCACGCCGGUGGCUCUACCCAGAACUCAGUGAAAAUCGCUCAGUGGAUGCUCCAGAAACCACACAAGGUGGCUACCUUCUUCGGGUGCAUUGGGAAAGAUAACUUCGGUGAGAUCCUGAAGAAGAAGGCUGAGGAAGCCCAUGUCGAUGCCCAUUACUAUGAGCAGAACGAGGAGCCAACUGGUACCUGUGCAGCCUGCAUCACUGGAGACAAUAGGUCCCUUGUUGCUAACCUGGCAGCGGCAAACUGCUACAAAAAGGAAAAACACCUGGACUUGGACAGCAACUGGGAACUGGUGGAGAAAGCCAAGGUCUAUUAUAUUGCGGGGUUUUUCCUGACUGUUUCUCCAGAGUCGAUCCUCAAGGUGGCAAAACACGCUGCGGAAAACGGCAAAAUCUUCUGCAUGAACCUCUCGGCACCAUUCAUCAGCCAGUUCUUUAAAGAGCCCCUGAUGAAGGUCAUGCCAUAUGUUGACAUCUUGUUUGGCAACGAAACGGAAGCGGCCACAUUUGCCAAAGAGUUGGGCUUUGAGACGGAUGACAUUGCGGUGAUUGCGCACAAGACCCAAAACCUCCCCAAGGAGAAUGCAAAGAGGCAGCGAUUGGUGGUCUUCACCCAGGGCAAGGACGACACCGUUGCAACUGUUGGAGACAAAGUGACCAUGUUUCCUGUUUUGGACAUCAACCAGAAUGAUAUUGUCGAUACCAACGGAGCAGGGGAUGCCUUUGCUGGAGGAUUCCUCUCUGCCCUGGUCCAAGAGCAGUCAUUGGAGGAGUGCAUCCGGGCCGGACACUAUGCAGCCAACGUCAUCAUCAGACGGGUCGGAUGCACCUUCCCCGAGAAACCGAAUUUUCACUGAUGGAGCCGAAAUGUUAUUCCCACAAGAUGCUUACUAUACCAAUUUGUACUCUUCAGGGUUUUAUGUGCAUUUUUCUAUUUCCUGUGACUGACAUUAUGAGACUAAUCGCUGCAGCUUGACUGUUUUAUCAAGCUAUAAUAAGGAACUGAGAUAUUGUAAUGCAAUACAAACAAUGUACUAGCAUUGAACAUUGGAAGUAGGUUAUGUGAAAGGCUGCAUUGUUGGUAUUUGAGAAUCACAAUCUGAAUUUCUGAAUAGGUAAUGACAAGUUUGAAUCAGUAACAUAACCACUGUUUUGGUCCAUCAUCUUCAUGGAAAGAUUUAAAAGUAUUUAACAAUAUAAUUUAAAUUUAUGGAAGAAAGUGAUCAAUUCCUUAGAAAUGCAUCAUACUGUUGGAACAGCUCAAGAAUUUCUUAGUAGAGUGUUUAUAAAAAUCUGUUUUUUUGCUCCCUUAUCUGAGAGUUACGACUGACUUGUGACCACAAAAUGCAAAUAAACAGCCUUACGAUGCA